UCAGUACUAGUCAGGUGUCUUCACCGUUGAGGCCUGAGGAUCAGCGUGGUCGUCGCACACGAAACCUUGCCACUUCCAUCGGCGGCGCAGCUCGAUCACGAUUCACGUCAUCGCAGCGUGUAGUCCACUUUGUGGAAUGGACGAAGACAUGUCGAUGUAAGUGUCACCGUCCGGACGCGGGUAACGUGGUUUACACAUGUAGAAUAUAGUACAGUCGCAACGUCCGAGGGAUCCUCUCAUGGUCCUUCUAUCCCGCGGCUUCCUGUGGAGGUCUGUGAGCGGAUUAUCGACCACAUGGCUACGGGAUUGGAUAUCAGUUUCAAUAUCAUAAAGGGCGAGCCGCAUCUGACCGCUCUCACAUCCUGCGCGCUCGUAUGUCAAGACUGGUACUCCCUGACUUGGUACCAUCUUCGUCAACGCAUCCAUCUACGAGACCGGAAGGAUGUCCUCUCGCUCUCUAAGACACUCCGCGCAAAACCUCGCCUCCGUGAGGUCAUUCAACAAGUCGUCAUAUCGGGUGCUCUUCCCGGGGAGCGUCAACCGAUCCGACACCUAGGGACGUUUGCCGUUAUGCUCGCCGGCAAGGCUCCGAGGUUGUCGAGGCUCACCGUUGAAGAUGCUGAGUGGACCAUCGGCUCGGUCCGAAUGGAGGACAUCGGCUUCCUAGGGGUGUUCAGCUACAUCGACACUGUACGCAUCUCCAAUGUCACCUUGUCGAGCGCUGCCCAGCUGUCCCAGCUCGUCUCAACACUCCCGCGGCUGAGGAAGUUAUGGUGCUACAAUGUUGACUGCCUGCAGGAACAGAAAGUCUCCCCGGCCUCCCUCCCACUGAACUGUGCAAAUCUGGAGUAUCUCGAUCUGCGAUGGGUUGCACCAGCAGUCGAAGACUUCCUCGUACAGAUUAGCCGGGCUUCUCGAGUGCGCACUCUCGUUCUUGGGGUGGACAGCGAGUUGGAUUCAUCCUCGCCAGUCAGCAGAAGCCAGGCUUUGCUGGAGGCGAGUUCUGCAUCGGCAGAAGCGGUUGAGCUCCAUAUCGACCCUAGCUCUCCUGUUAUGUCUGUUAUGUUAUGGCUUCGGAUGGACCACACGACCGAUGACCUGGAUGCCAUCUUGACGACACUGGAGCAGGACAAUGUCCUGGCGCGAUUGGACAGUAUACUGCAGGAGAGGCGCUUCUCCGGUACUGUUGCCUCACGCGGCAUCUGUAUAGGCACUCACGAUGACAACAACACUUGGACGUCUGGUAAUGAGCUUAUUGGGAUGGGUUCAGCACUACGAGAACGGUACGAUCGGUUGGACGAGCUCGUCAGACGGAAGAUGCCACACUCGCACGAACGAGAUAUAUUGAGCUUUCAAGAAUUCGCCAGCUGGAGGCAGGACGUGGACAAGGUACUCCUUCACAGUAUGCAAGUUGAACAGAAGAAUACCGCCGAAGACGCCGAGGGUCCUCGAGGCAGCAGGGAUUGA